AUGGCUAGAUGCCAGGAUCCAGUUUGCCCGGCGAAUCAACAGCGAGCAAGGUUCUUGCAGUUCGAUAAUGACAAGGCGAGCACGUCGAAGGGUACGAAGAGGAGGACGAAAAGCAAGUCUACCGAGAAGAAGGCCAGGAUUUGCUGCUUACUUAGCAAGAAGUGUCAGGCGACUGUGGACUGCGCGACGUCGACCCCGAGACUACGAUCGAAAUCCCCGUGUCGGGGAUCAAGGAAGAGGUCCUGCCACUGCGGGGAGGCGUGCGAAACCCGUAGGAAGCCUAGGAAACGUUCCCGGUGCGUACAAUCGCCCUGUCGGUCGUCGCGUUUCGGGUCCCCUUGCAGGACUCGUUGCACGAAGAAAAAGAAGAAGACUCAGGCGAGUAGCGGGCUCUGCGUCUGUGUGCGGAAGGGGAGCUCCACAUUGACCGUGAAGAAACGCUGCAAGUGCCCUUCCAAAUGCACCAUCCUCGCUAAAUACGACGAGUGCUGUUGCGCGAAAAAUAAAGUAAUUCGUCUGAUAUCUAAGGGAGGUGAACGAAUUGAUUAAGCUAGAG